GCGGGCCGCGCGAGGCGCAGGCCGGGGACGGCGGCGGGGCUUCUAGCCGGGGUGCAGGCGGAAAGCGGCGCAGCGAGCCGGCCCAGCCGGCUACAGGGCGCCCUGGGCCCCCGCACCCGCUUACUCUCUUCCCUCCCCGCAGCCCCCGCCAUGGCGGACGAGGUGGACUUCGCCAGCGGGGACGCGGGGGCCUCCAGCACCUACCCCAUGCAGUGCUCGGCCCUGCGCAAGAACGGCUUCGUGGUGCUCAAAGGCCGGCCCUGCAAGAUCGUGGAGAUGUCCACGUCCAAGACGGGCAAGCACGGCCACGCCAAGGUUCACCUUGUUGGAAUUGAUAUUUUCACGGGUAAAAAGUAUGAAGAUAUCUGCCCUUCUACUCACAACAUGGAUGUUCCUAAUAUUAAGAGGAAUGAUUAUCAAUUGAUAUGCAUUCAGGAUGGUUACCUUUCCCUGCUGACAGAAACUGGUGAGGUUCGUGAAGAUCUUAAGCUGCCAGAAGGUGAACUGGGCAAAGAAAUAGAAGGGAAAUACAAUGCAGGUGAAGAUGUCCAGGUGUCUGUCAUGUGUGCAAUGAGUGAAGAAUAUGCUGUCGCCAUAAAGCCCUGCAAAUAACCAGGGACACCAGUGUGAGUGAGCUCUUUUCGUCUGCAUCAAACGCAGACCUGCAGUUUGAUUCUACGUUGGCACCAAAGCUAUAGCCUUCAUAAGCAACCUCAUUUCUUUUUUAAUUGAUUUUGAAAUUGUGCUGACUUCAUUUUGCAGACAAUUGGUAAUUUAAAAAACAAUCAAGAUAAAGUACUGUUUUUGUUUUAUAAAUGUCUUUCCAAUGACAUUCCCGUGGUUUUCAGUAUAUGAUUCCAAAAAACAAGUAGGAUAGCUUUAGUAAGUGUGAUUUUUUUUUUCCUUAACAGAUCAUUCCUGAAUUUUAGCUAGAUAGUAAACCAGGGUUUUAUAUCAUACAAUGUAGCAUUCAGUGGCCUUGAAAUGCCACAUUUAAGUUGACCUGCUCUACACUAAUUUCAGACCUCAUGCCAUAGAAUUAGAAAAUUAUUGAUUAGAAUGGUCACAGUUUCAGCCUGCAAGUACAAAUCUUUUCAACAGUCAUGUUAAAAAAUAGCUACCUUAAUUGUGGUGUGCAACCACUUGGAUUUUUUUUUUUCCCAAGUUAGUGGGCAGAUGUUAGUAUAUAUUUGAAUUUUAGUACAUGCUUACGGUUGACAGAGGCAUUGAAUUUAGGAUGACAGCAAGUCAGAGUGUAAAAUAACAAAGGCGUAGAUGUUUGGCUAAAGCUAUAGGUCUUUAUUUGAGGCCUUUAUAAUCAACAUACCAACAGUUUUUUUUUAUUUGUAUUUUUGUUUUUAGCAAUGGCCACCUGGAGUUCUGUGUAAUGCACUUUAUCGGCAAUGUUGAGUAAAUAUUGGUAUUUAUAGUAUUUACAUUUUUAACUAAAUAUUUUAUAUUAUUUGUCAGAAACUGGACUUUUUUUUAAGAUUUAUUUAUUUUCAUGGGAGAGAGAGCAGUAUUUAGCUCUGUUAUAUAUGUAGUAAAAGGGAUUCAGCCCAAGACCUCAUACAUGCAAGUCCUGUGUUGUACUGCUGGACUAUCUCCCCAACCAAGUGCUCUUUUUCUUAAACCAAUACACAUUUCUUCUAUAGUGGAAGGGAAGAUUUUACUUCGUAUGAUCAUUAUUAUUUAUUUAAAAAAGUAUAUGCCUUUUUUUUCUGACUGAUAUAACUUACACUGGUGUGCAAUACAACUAGGAAAGAAUGUGUAAACUGAUUUUUUUUUUUUUAAAGUAUUUUCGGUGAUACUGCAAUAUUUCUACUUAGUCUUAUGAGUUAAUAUAUGCUACCUUAUUUUCAGAAUUCUGGACAUUCUCACAUGGCUUGUGAAGGUUAUUGACUCAGUAACAAUCAAAUUGAAACUUACAACAAUGACAUUGUUUGAAUAACACCUUUGCUCUCUAAAACAGAUAGACAUCUCCCAUCAUGCCUUGACUUCUAGAAGGUCCUUAUUCCUAUCAUGUAGAAGAAAAUACAUACAGUGCUAUAACUGAUCUAAUUAGGACUGAAACUGUAUUAGGAAGAAAAGAUCCAAAAGGUUAAGUCCUUAAAUGUGGGCACCUUUUUAAGGUUUUAAUUAACCUCAAAAGCCUUUUUGGAGAAACGGCAGGAUGCUUUAAGAGAAAUGCAAGGAACUGCAAAAGCACGAGAAAUAAAGGAGUUUUAAUCAUUUAUACUAUCACAUUUAGCUUUUGAAAGGCUCAGUUAUUUUCAGUCUUCUGUGUAUGUCUCCACUACAUACUGCUCUGGUUUUCACUAACCAUUCACAUCUGUCGUAUUUGCUACUUACUGGUGGACACUGUUACUACAUGAAUUCUAGAAAAUGAUCAAUCCUGCUGCUUACCAAUAAAUAAUUCAGAGCCCAGUCAUCCAUACUGUUCUGGUUUGAUAUUAGUUAGUAUAUGCCUUUGUCCUAGUUUGUCACACUCACAUAAACAUAUUUUCAAUUACUAAGUAAGAAUAUAUAUAAUGUAUCCUCAUAUCUUGAAUGACAAAAGCUAUUUAUGCAUAAAUAUUUCAUUCUAUGUACUAUAAUGAAAUGUAAAUACUUGAAAGUGUAGGUUUUAAAAAUGCAACACUUUUCUUUUUUUUUUUUUUUUUUUUUUUUUACCAGAGCCCUGUCAGCUCUGGUUUAUAAUGAUGCAGGGGAUUCAACCUGGGACUUCAGAGCCUCAAGCAUGAAAGUCUCUUUGUAUAACCUUUAUGCUAUCUACCCCGGCCAGGAAUAUUUAUUUUCAUGUAUGUCAAAACACAUUUCUGUAGAAUAAAAUGUUUCAUUAGUAAAGAUUUAUAAAUUACAAUAAAAGGAAGCAGGGAAAUACUUUUUAAAUAUAGAACAGAAGUGUCUUCAUUCAGGAAUGUUAAAUGUUUGUUGUACUUUUUGCUAACAAUUAUUAAAGAUCAUAAGUUAUAUAGAAUGUAGACUGUCAUGUUAAUAAGAGUAUUACUGUGAUAGGACAUUUUGUCUGAAGGAGUUUCACCAACUUAUAUGCAAUACUGUACUAGCAGGUGGAAUACUCAUUUCUUCCUAGGACAUUUGUAUUUCUGCUUGAAGGCUUUAUUACACCUGCUACGAUAGGCCAAAACUUUCUAUUUUGACCUAACAUUUUCAUCAUAAACAUGUUUCUUUUGCCUCCCCUCCAAGGGCUGUCAGUCACUUGAAAUCGUUGCUAACCAGGCUCUGGAGUCUAAUUCCAUUUAUGGUACGAAAUUCUGUGGGAUGCUUGAUCGUAAUUACCAAAACUCUCCUACAGCCACAGUGUUUCUUUUGAUAGCAGAUGCUGCAAUAAAAUAGUUGGACUAUAAAGUCUGGGGACACACUUUUUCUUGGCAGCAUAAUUUGAGUGUGUACAUGCAAAGUUUCGUAUAUUUGUUCUUUUUACAAAGUCCUUCCAACUCUAAAAGUACUGUAGUCUGGUAGUGCCUCAAAUGUUGGUAACUUUUUUUAAAUUCACAACUUUUCCAGAAUUUUUUCCCCCAAAGUCUCUCAAUUAGGUUCUUUCUAGUUGAGCUGUAAUUUGAAUGCACUGUUCUCAGGGCUGAGAUUCCAUCAUUGUAAACUCAGCUGCCUGAAAGUAUACUGCAAGCUUUUCCUAAGUUAUAAUACAGUGAAGCAAACAAAAAAGAGUUCUUCAUACCAACAUUUAAACUGUAUACUAAAUACUGAAGAAAAUGGAAAUACUGAUAACAUCCCAGAACCUUAACACAUUUUUUCACUGUAGACUCUGACAGUCUCAUUUUAGGAACCUGUCUUUAAUGAUUCCUUUGGCAUGAACCCCAAGGGUCACUUCAGAGAGAGGCAUUGAUGGGGUGGUUCUGAGACACAACUAGGGACAGCAAAUCAAAAUUCAGUGUUCUUCAGGUACAUUAAGAUGUUUACAUACUGAAUUCUAGAAUAUGAACAAGGAACACAUCUGUUGUAAGAUAGAGCUCCAUUCUAAACUCGAAACUCAGAAACACUACUUCAUAUUGAACUAACGGCAAAUUCAGAUUUUCUGACCAUUUCGACAUAUUUCACAGUUCUCAAGCCUUUUGUCAACUAGUGUCAGACAAGUCGUAGGCAACAGGCUUAAAAAAAUUGUAGGAAAUUGGGGUCCAGGUGGUGGUGCACCUUGUUGAGUGCACGUUACAGUGCGUAAGGACACGGGUUCAAGCCCCCAGUCCCCACCUGCUGAGGGAAGCGUCACAAGUGGUGAAGCAGAGCUGCAGGUGUAUCUCUGUCUCUCCCCCUUCCUCUCAAUUUCUGGCUGUCUCUACCCAAUAAAGAUAAUAAAAACUAUUUUUAAAAUGUAGGAAAUCUUAAAAUUGAGCAAAUUCAAUCUAGUAACUUUAGGUUGUUCUCCCGCUUAGUUGGGUAUAUGGCAUCAUCGGCUGGUUUUAGCAGGGGACAUUUGGAUUCAGCUUAUAGAAUACAGAUGUUCUGUUGGAAUAUGGCUUAGAUAUAAAAGCUUUUUCUCCCAUCAUACUAGCACCUGAAUGUUGAUUUAACCAUGUGAGGUCAAGUGCCUGAAACGUCCUGUACAACUAGAAUGAGCAAGCUUUCCCUAAGUGAAGGACACACUUGUAGCAGUGCACCUGCUGGAAGCAUACUUGUUGCCACACUGCACCACCCACCACUACUCGGUUCUCCUUAGGACAAGUUGAAACCUAGUUUCCAAUCAAGAGAGAGGUUCUUUGGUUCAUAUGAGCUUCGCGAAACUAUUCUUGGUAUACGUAGCCAUAAGUUUAUCUUACUUUGCACUUUGUAUAAUCUCUGGACACUAUAUUCAGUGAUGACUGCAGCUUAUCAUAAGUCAUAAUUAUGCUCUUUCUUGAGAGAAGUUUUGUACUGUGGGUAAAAUCUAGUAUAAAUAAGCACAGUUGUGCUUGUCCAAAGUAUAAUGCAAAUAACUAGUUCUGUACUAGUAUAAUAAAAACAAACUAGGUCUAUACUGUUAAGUACAUUUUUUACUCCAAGAAGGAAUUAGUUGAAAUGAUACUAGCAAUCUACUAGUAAUGCAUUUUAUCUGUGUUAGAUCUGAGAGCUCUGUCUUUAAACUGCAGAGACUGUUUUAGUGAAAACUUUAAAAUUAUAAACUAUGUAAUACAGGUAUUAAAAUUUUGUGCUUUACAUUUCAGUAAUGGGUAGAAAUUUAAACAUGUCUAUACAGAACCAAUUAUUGGAAACCUUUAAAAUGUAGAUGGCAAAUGUAUGAAUUAGUAGCUUUUUGUUAAACUGUUAACUUCAUUAUAUUAAAGAAAAAUAAAGUUAAAUAGCUUGCAUUAUUUUA